UUUGUUUAGUUCUGAUUAUUUUCAACAAUUUAAAAUAAGAUCAUCUAUAGCAAAUAAAGAUUUAAAGUGAAUACUUAGUACUUAACCUUCUUGCUACUGGAGAGUCAUUUUGUUCGACAGUUUUAGGUACUUUGGUUUUGGACUACAGUUAAAAUUACCCGAGAACCGUUGUAAAUAUCUUGAAUUGAUCUGGUUAACUCGAGCUAGAUAUAAAAAGUUAAUCCAACUUCUAUACCUCAUACUAAAUGUGUUCUCUUUAUUUUUGUGGUUUCACACGUCGACGUCGCUUUUUUGCAUUCAAUCUUUUGGACCACGCCCAUAGAAUGAGUGAGUGCAACGACAAGGUUCCUAUAUGGCGGGUUGUGUUACUAUUUAUAGUAUGCCUGUCCGUCUAUUUAUAUCUGUACUCGAAUGCCUUUGAUGGAAUGCAGAAUUCUGCAGUGUUCCGGGUUGCUGAAGGAGAUUUGCAGGCUGUGUGGAAAGACAAGUUUGGGUCCGUUUCGUACUAUCUAAAACUAAUGGAACAGUCCGAUAAGAGUCUGAAAAUAGAAGUUUCUGCAUCUGAUUCAAAGUCAACUUCCGCCACAUCUCGACCGCCAAGCACUGAAGCAAAACAAACGAAAGACGACUCGGCUCGUGUAAACACUACAUUAUUAGAGAAAUUAAAGUCUGAAAUUCUAUCAAAUAAUUCAGAACCUUUACUCACACUCUUUACGUCAUGGAAGGAUAGCCCAGAAAAAUAUUUAGUCCAUAAUUUAACGUUUUACAACUGGAAGGCGUUACGCCCAUUUGUGAUACCGGUGAUUUUUACAAACGAGAGUUCAGUCGCAGAAGAAUGCACGAGAAAUGGCUGGGAAGCAAGGCAUAUCAGUGUGGCAGCAGCAGACGGCAUUCCUGUUUUAAAAUAUAUGUACAAAGAUGUGAUGGAUAAUUAUAAUUCUACAUUUUACGCGUAUAGUAACGGUGAUAUUUUAUUUACUGAUACCCUCAUAAAUACGUUACUUUAUCUGAGAAAUUCAAGUUUAGAUUUAGAUAAACCUGUAAUGAUGGUUGGUCAGAGAAGCAAUGUCGAUAAUGUGACAGAAUCCGAAGGAUCUACUUGGGGUAAUAUCACAAAAAUAGCGAAGGAGCGGGGUAAACUGUUCACCAGUUGGGCGGAGGACUACUUUAUAACUCCGCGCUCAUUUCCAUGGAAUGAUAUAGCGGAAGUUGUAAUAGGGCGGAGAGCAUACGAUAACUGGUUGGUUUAUAAUUCUAGAAAAUCCAAACAUACUGUGAUCGAUAGUACAAAAACUCUUCUUGCUGUGCACCAGACGACAAAAGCUGGCAGUUUUGAAGGUCAUGGCCAUAAAAAUAGAGACUAUAAUCACAAUUUACUAGUGAAGAUGUACAAACGUAUAAAAUAUAACGCUGGCGUUAUAGAAUGUGUUGAAAAAUAUACAGCCUACGAAAACGGUAUUGUUGUUGUUAAAUCCAGAGUAGUUCACAAAGCAUGCGCAGUUUGAUAAUAGGGCAUGUACGUUCGCACCUCACCUAUCACGCGAUAAAACUAUUAGGCGAUUCCCACCUGCAUGUAACUUGAUUAAUUACCAGCGGAGAACGACAACAAUAAAUAUGACUAUGACGAAGGGCUAUUUUGCCAAGGGCUAGCUAAUACCCUUACAUCAAAAUAUUUGUUUGGUAGAUGAUGGGUUCACUUUGGGAAUGGCUCAACUGCAACUUACUGAAACAAUAGAUGUAAUUAUCAAAGAUAAUUUAUUGCAUAUAUAUGUAAUAUCAUGUCUAAAUAUAUCGAUGCAUAAAGACUAAGUGCAAUUGAAGCAAAUCAGUAUUCAUACAAACAAGUAAAUGGUAUAGAGUAACAUAUACAUUGACAGUUUAUAAUUAUUUACAGAAGCUUUCUUCAUGACUAAUUAUUUAUAGAAUAUACUAUUUAGACGAGCUGCUCAAAGUUUAUGUCACAAAGAUCUAGGAAUGAACAUCAUAACAGUACUAACCUGAAACAAUAGGUGUAAUUAUCAAAGAUAAUUUAUUGCAUAUAUAUGUAAUAUCAUGUCUAAAAUGUUAGCGGAGGGGGUAGCAUAAUAGGAUAACGGGACUAUUGGAUGUAUGACGUACAGGAUCAUUGUUCAGUAUCAUUUAUCUUAAAGCUGUCACUCUUUUAUAAAAGGAUAGCUUUAAACAAAAAAUUCAAUAACCAAUUUUAAUUCACUUUAUAUUUCUAUUUAGCUUUUUACUCUACGACAUACUCCCCCCACUUAAUGAAAUGUCGUCCCGACAUUUAACCCUAGAUCAAAAUUCAAAUCAUAUAUAGUCACUACUCACUUUAUAUAAUAAUGAAGUUCUUUUUGUCAAUGGAGGAAUCAGUCAAGCUCCUGUGGAGGUUCCUCAAGUGUAUAACAUAUACUUAACGCAAUUUUUACAUAAUUGUUAGAGCAUCCUAAAAAUUAACCUGUUUGUCAGUCUUGAAAAAUGUCACAUAUUUUGAAAUUCCUAAAUUUAAUUUUAGAAGAAUAGAAUUUUAUUCAUUUUACCACAACAGUCAAUUUAUACAAAAAAUAUGUUUAUUUUUAAACUGAAAACGGAACGAGGUCGUAAACAGUCUUAAAUGUUUCGAUCCCAUGUUUUAUGUUGCUGAUACCAUUGUUAUGGUUGUACUAUUAUUUUGUAAUAACGUUUUUGUAUGUCGUCAUGACUGUAUUCAGUUGAUAUAAUUUGCGCUUAUAUGAAGUUCUUGUUUUAUAUAUCCUGAUCUACAUAAGCGAUCGAACAUGGCGGACUGUUGAAAUUUUGGGCAGUGAGCAAAGUUUGUCUCCUUUUCUAUUUUCCAUGUAUUUAAAUGAUUUAGAAGAAAGUUUCGUAAAUAGUAAUAUAGAAGGCAUCGAUGUUGACAUGUUUAAGCUGUUUUUAAUUUUAUAUGCUGAUGAUAUUGUUAUUUUUGCUUAUUCUAAACAAGAAUUACAAGCUGGUCUAAAUGUUUUCUCUGAAUAUUGUAAUAAAUGGAAGCUUACAGUGAAUGCAUCAAAAACGAAAAUCAUGAUAUUUAGAAAAGGUGGUGUACUUCCUAGAGAUUUACAGUUCUUUUACAGAAAUGAUGUUAUUGAGAUUGUAACUGAAUUUACUUAUCUAGGUGUUGUUUUUACAACAGGUGGCUCGUUUAAUGAAGCACAACGCACCUUGUCGGGACAGGCAAUGAAAGCUAUAUUUAAAAUGAAUAAAUAUCUUUGUAAGUUUGUUAAUAUAUCUGUGAAACAUAGACUUGAUUUGUUUUAUAAACUGAUAAUGCCAAUUCUGAAUUAUAGUGCUGAAGUGUGGGGUUUUACUAAUAGCAUGGCAAUAGAAAGAGUACAUAUGGCAUUUUGUAAAAGAGUUUUAUGUGUUAAGAAAUCUACUCAAAACGAUUUUGUAUACGGCGAAUUGGGUAGAAUAUCUUGUCAAACAAAACGUUUUUAUAGUGUUAUAAAAUACUGGGUAAAAAUACUACACCUUGACAGUAUUAAAUAUGUUAAAAUAGUGUAUAAUAUGUUAAAAUCUGACAUUGAUAUAUAUCCAAACAAGCCUAACUGGUGUUCACUUGUUAAGAAUUUAUUAUGUACUUUAGGAUUCUAUGAUGCCUGGUAUUUCCAGACCGUUGGUGAUAUUGAUGUGUUGU